AUGGCGAGGAAGGAGGAUGGAUUGACGUCGCCGACCACACAAUCGACGGCGGAUGAGAAAGAGGUUUUGACUCCAAACAACGACGCGAUGAACACCACUGGGACUGGGUGGCGAAAGCUAUCAGAGGGGGAUGAACGACGAGGGGCUGCAUCAGGGGAGGAGAUGCAGAUUGAACUAAACGAAACUGUCGCGACAACAAGGGACACAGCAAAAAAGGCGGAUGCCGGGUCGGGGGGCGCGAGUGUGAGCGCGGCGGAGAUGGUCGAGUACAAAGUCUACAGGAGGAGGUGGUUUGGGCUGGUGCAGUUGACGUUGUUGAAUGUGAUUGUUAGUUGGGAUUGGCUCACCUUCUCCCCCGUCGCCAGCCACGCAGCUCGGUAUUUUUCCACAGACGAGAACACCAUCAACUGGCUCAGCACGGCGUUUUUGUUUGCUUUUACGGCCAUCACCCCGCUGGUGAUUUAUGUGUUGCAUCUCGGGCCGAAGCCGUCGAUUGUCACCUCGGCGGCCUUGAUUCUCGUGGGCAACUGGAUCCGCUAUGCGGGGUGUCGCUCUGGUGAAAAGGGGUUGUUUGGGGUGGUGAUGUUUGGCCAGAUCCUUACCGGUCUUGCUCAGCCUUUUGUCCUUGCGGCUCCGGCGCGGUAUUCGGACUUGUGGUUCACCAACCGGGGGCGGGUGGCGGCUACGGCCUUGACCUCGCUUGCGAACCCGUUUGGGGCUGCGCUGGGGCAGCUGAUUAUUCCGUUUUGGGUUGAGGGUCCGGGGGAUGUUUCGAGGAUGGUGUUGUAUGUUUCUGUGAUUUCGACGGUCUGCGCGCUCCCCGCCUUUUUUAUUCCUGCCCGCCCCCCUACACCGGUGGCACCUUCUUCACAGACACCGAAACUGUCGUUGAUAUCGUCGGCCAAGUUCCUGCUUCGCCAAACGGAAUUUUAUCUCUUGUUCGUCCCCUUUGCGAUUUAUGUCGGUUUGUUCAAUAGUAUCUCGUCUCUCCUCAACCAAGUCUUGUUGCCACACGGUUACAACGAUGAGGAAGCCGGUGUUGCUGGGGCACUGCUCAUCGUCGUCGGCCUUGUUGCUUCGGCCAUCACGUCGCCUUUGAUCGACAAGUAUAAAUCAUACCUCUUGGCCGUUCGGAUCGCGGUCCCCAUUGUUGGACUUUGUUACUUGGUUUUCAUCUGGAUGCCUGGGACUAGGGACAGCGGGGGGGUGGCAGGGCCGUAUGUGAUCAUGGCUGCGAUGGGGGCGGCGAGCUUCAGUCUCGUGCCGGUGGUGGUGGAGUUUUUGGUUGAGCUGACGCAUCCGAUCAGUCCCGAGGUUACGAGCACGUUAGCCUGGAGCGGGGGACAGGUGUUGGGGGGGAUAUUCAUUGUUGUGAGUGGUGCGCUGAAGGGAGAAGGAGGAAAGAUGGAGAGGGCGUUGGUUUUUCAUGCGGUUUUGGCCUUGGUUGCGGUGCCGUUGCCGCUUUGUCUGGGGUGCUUUGGACGGGGGGAGAAGUUGGUUUUGAGGAGGGUGAGGAGUGAUGAGGUUGAGGGGAGAAGAGGGGCUGAGGCGUAG